GAAGAACAACAACAACACACACACACUCUCUUUCUCUCUCUCUCCCUCUCUCUCUCUCUCUCCGCCUUCUUUGACCCAGUCCCACCCACCUGCGACGACCCCAUUUUGCUCUGUUUUUCUUUCUUUUUAAGAGAGAGAAAGAAAAAAAAAUUAAAAAAAAAACGUAAAAUAAAGGGCGGAAAAAAAAAAGAGUAAUUAUUUUUUGUUAAGCUCCUCCGAGAGUCCUUUCCAUCUUACUUCUAAAUUUGGCUGCGGAGAGAUCCGCUAAAUUUAGGGAGAGGAAUAGUAGAUUAGGGUUUUUUGAGAGAGAGAGAGAGAGAGAGAGAGAGAGGGAAAAAGAAAAUAUCGUUUUUCCCGAGAAAAAUCCCACUGUGAGUUAUUUCUUUUUCUUUUUUUUUAUUUUUUGAUAUUUUUGGUAGAGGAAUAGAGAGGGAAGGGAGGGGGGUUCUGUGAGUUGGUUUUUUUUUUUUUUUUUUUUGGGUUUUGGGAGAAGAUGAUGAUCUCUAGGGGACUGUUCGGGUGGUCCCCACCGCAUAUACAGCCAUUGACGCCGGUAUCGGAGGUAUCGGAGCCACCCGAAUCGCCGUCGCCGUAUCUAGAUGCAAGCACCGAUGCGGCGGCUCAACCAGUUGAGCAGGAGGAGGAGAUUGAGGAGCCGGAGGAGAUCGAGCCGCCGCCGGCUGCUGUUCCUUUCACGCGCCUUUUCGCUUGCGCUGACCGGCUUGAUUGGGUCCUCAUGCUCGUAGGAUCAUUUGCCGCCGCGGCGCAUGGGACGGCCCUUGUUGUGUACUUGCACUACUUCGCUAAGAUCAUUCACGUCCUCUGGAUCCCAAAAGAUGAGCAGCAAGGCGAGGGACAUCACGGCUUCGACCCGGAACAGUAUGAUAAGUUUAUAGACCUUGCUUUAACCAUUGUUCAUAUUGCUGUGGGAGUUUUCAUUGCUGGUUGGAUUGAGGUUUCAUGCUGGAUUUUGACUGGAGAGCGGCAGACUGCUGUUAUUAGGUCAAACUAUGUUCAAGUGUUGCUUAACCAGGAUAUGAGUUUUUUUGAUACUUACGGAAACAAUGGAGACAUUGUGAGCCAAGUAUUGAGUGAUGUACUUCUCAUUCAGUCUGCUAUAAGUGAAAAAGUGGGGAAUUAUAUUCACAAUAUGGCUACAUUUUUCAGCGGCCUUGUUAUUGGAUUUCUCAACUGCUGGGAGAUUGCUCUCAUUACAUUGGCCACUGGUCCAUUUAUUGUGGCUGCUGGUGGAAUAUCAAAUAUAUUUCUCCAUAGACUCGCUGAGAAUAUUCAAGAUGCAUAUGCUGAAGCAGCUAGCAUCGCUGAACAGGCUGUCUCGUAUAUUAGGACACUGUAUGCAUUUACAAAUGAAACAUUGGCCAAGUACUCUUAUGCAACAUCAUUACAAGCCACUCUUAGAUAUGGCAUAUUGAUUAGUCUUGUGCAAGGUCUUGGACUUGGAUUUACAUAUGGACUUGCAAUAUGUUCUUGUGCCUUGCAACUGUGGGUUGGAAGAUUCCUUAUUACGCAUCAUAAAGCUCAUGGUGGUGAAAUUAUAACAGCCCUGUUUGCUGUAAUUUUAAGUGGCCUUGGGCUGAAUCAAGCAGCAACAAACUUUUAUUCAUUUGAUCAAGGAAGGAUUGCUGCUUUUAGACUUUUUGAAAUGAUAAGCCGAUCAUCCUCCACAGCUAAUCAUGACGGAACGUCCCUACCAUCUGUUCAAGGAAAUAUUGAGUUUCGGAAUGUAUAUUUCAGCUAUCUUUCUCGUCCGGAGAUCCCUAUUUUGAGUGGUUUUUAUCUCACUGUACCUGCCAAGAAAGCUGUGGCACUUGUUGGCAGAAAUGGAUCUGGAAAAAGCAGUAUUAUCCCACUCAUGGAACGGUUUUAUGAUCCUACAUUAGGGGAAGUUCUUUUGGAUGGAGAAAAUAUAAAAAAUCUCAAACUGGAAUGGCUUCGAAGCCAGAUAGGACUAGUCACACAGGAGCCUGCGUUGCUAAGUUUGAGUAUAAGAGAUAAUAUCGCUUAUGGGCGGGAUGUCACAUGUGAUCAAAUUGAAGAAGCAGCUAAAAUAGCUCAUGCACAUACAUUUAUUAGCUCACUUGAGAAAGGAUAUGAAACACAGGUUGGAAGGGCUGGUUUACCUCUGACAGAAGAGCAGAAGAUAAAACUUUCAAUUGCUAGAGCAGUGCUUUUAAAUCCUUCAAUUCUUCUACUUGAUGAGGUCACUGGUGGACUUGAUUUUGAAGCUGAAAGAGCUGUGCAAGAGGCUCUGGAUCUUCUCAUGUUGGGACGGUCAACUAUAAUAAUAGCCCGACGGCUUAGUCUUAUAAGGAACGCUGAUUACAUUGCAGUGAUGGAGGAAGGUCAACUUGUUGAAAUGGGAACACAUGAUGAGUUAUUGACCCUUGAUGGCCUGUAUGCUGAGCUCCUUAAAUGUGAAGAAGCAGCUAAACUUCCUCGGAGGAUGCCAGUGAGAAACUACAAGGAGACUGCAGCAUUCCAAAUUGAAAAGGAUUCUUCAGCAAGUCACAGCAUCCAAGAACCAUCAUCUCCUAAAAUGCUCAAGUCACCCUCACUUCAAAGAGUUCCUGCUGUAUUUCGGCCUGCAGAUGGCACAUUUAACAUGCAGGAAUCACCAAAAGCUCUGAGUCCACCCCCAGAAAAAAUGGUGGAAAAUGGUCAGCUCUUGGACACAGCAGAUAAGGAACCUUCUAUCAGAAGGCAGGAUAGUUUUGAAAUGAGACUACCGGAAUUACCCAAAAUUGACGUCCAUGCUGCACAUCGAGAAACAUCAAAUGGUUCAGAUCCUGAAUCCCCUGUGUCACCUCUUUUAACAUCAGAUCCCAAGAAUGAACGUUCUCAUUCACAAACUUUUAGCCGACCCCAUAGUCAUUCAGAUGAUUUUCCCACACAAGUGAAUGACGCAAAUGAUACAUUGAAUAGGGAGGCACCCUCGCUUUGGAGGCUCGCAGAACUUAGUUUUGCAGAGUGGUUAUAUGCUGUGUUGGGAAGCAUUGGUGCUGCUAUCUUUGGUUCUUUUAAUCCUCUACUUGCUUAUGUUAUUUCACUGAUAGUGAUAGCAUACUAUAGGAAGGAACACAAUCACUUACAGCGCGAAGUGGACAAAUGGUCCUUGAUCAUUGCUUGCAUGGGUAUAGUGACAGUUGUUGCAAAUUUUUUGCAGCACUUCUACUUUGGUAUCAUGGGAGAGAAAAUGACCGAACGAGUUCGUAGAAUGAUGUUCUCAGCAAUGCUCCGCAAUGAAGUUGGAUGGUUUGAUGAAGAGGAAAAUAGUGCUGAUACCUUAUCCAUGCGCUUGGCAAAUGAUGCAACAUUUGUGCGAGCUGCCUUUAGUAACCGCCUUUCAAUAUUUAUUCAGGACAGUGCUGCUGUUAUUGUGGCUGUAUUGAUUGGGAUGUGGCUACAAUGGCGUUUGGCACUUGUGGCUUUGGCGACUCUACCCGUUCUCACGCUUUCUGCAAUUGCACAGAAACUGUGGCUGGCUGGAUUUUCAAGGGGCAUACAGGAGAUGCACAGGAAGGCAUCUUUGGUUCUUGAAGAUGCGGUUAGAAACAUAUAUACUGUGGUAGCAUUCUGUGCUGGCAAUAAGGUGAUGGAGCUCUACAGAUUGCAGCUCAAGAAAAUUUUUAAGCAAAGUUUUCUUCAUGGAAUGGCCAUUGGCUUUGCAUUUGGCUUUUCCCAGUUUCUUCUUUUUGCCUGUAAUGCUCUUCUUCUCUGGUACACUGCUAUCUCUUGGAAGAAUGGGUAUAUGGAUCUGCCCACUGCUCUCAAGGAGUACAUGGUUUUCUCUUUUGCUACAUUUGCAUUGGUGGAGCCUUUUGGAUUGGCUCCGUACAUUCUUAAACGCCGAAAAUCACUCAUUUCAGUGUUUGAAAUCAUUGAUAGAGUGCCUAAGAUUGAUCCAGAUGAUAAUUCAGCGAUGAAGCCUCCCAAUGUUUAUGGAAGUAUCGAGUUGAAAAAUAUUGAUUUCUGUUAUCCAACUCGUCCUGAGGUGUUGGUAUUAAGCAAUUUCAGUCUUAAAGUCACUGGGGGGCAAACUGUUGCUGUUGUAGGAGUUUCAGGGUCAGGAAAGAGCACUAUAAUAUCUUUGAUUGAGAGAUUCUAUGAUCCGGUUGCUGGUCAGGUAUUACUUGAUGGGCGAGAUUUGAAACUUUAUAAUUUGAGAUGGUUGAGGAACCACCUUGGUCUUGUCCAGCAGGAACCCAUUAUCUUCUCGACCACCAUAAGGGAAAAUAUAAUAUAUGCAAGGCAUAAUGCUAGUGAAGCGGAAAUGAAAGAGGCUGCUAGAAUAGCAAAUGCCCACCAUUUCAUCAGCAGCUUGCCCCAUGGCUAUGACACACAUGUAGGGAUGAGGGGUGUAGACCUGACUCCGGGACAGAAACAGAGAAUUGCAAUUGCUCGUGUUGUGCUGAAGAAUGCGCCUAUCUUAUUGUUGGAUGAAGCAAGCUCAUCCAUUGAAUCUGAGUCAAGUCGUGUGGUGCAGGAGGCUCUUGAUACGCUAAUCAUGGGGAACAAAACAACUAUUUUGAUUGCCCAUAGAGCUGCAAUGAUGAGACAUGUUGACAAUAUUGUAGUUCUUAAUGGAGGGCGAAUUGUGGAGGAAGGGACCCAUGAUUCUUUGGUGGCGAAGAAUGGUUUGUAUGUGCGGUUAAUGCAACCUCACUUUGGGAAGGGUCUGCGUCAGCAUCGACUUGUCUAGAAUGAGUUUGUGAUAUAUCAAACUGAUGUUUGGUUUGUCUGUACAGUUCUCACUCUUACAUUAAGAUGCUGGAAAUAUCAUUGACCUGGUGGCCUUAUUGGCGGGAGUUCCAUAGUGGGCAGAGGAGAAUGAGAAUGACAAAACUAGAAAACAUGUUUAUAUGGCAGGUUGAGUUGGAGGAAUGCAAAGGCGGCAGCAAUAGUUAAUAUUGUUCAAAUGUAGGGUGUAGAAGUAGGGUUUUGGAGUUGGGUGUUCUUUGAGAUUGUGCUCACAGGGCUGGAUGCUUAUUCUUUUGGAGGCAAGCAUCAUUAGGUAGGUGUUGUGCUUUGUCUCCAUGGUAUAUUGAUUUGUUUUUCAAUCAGAAAACGAGGUGGCAUUAAUUCUAGUUCUUCUACUGAGGUGUGGUUUUUUCAAUUUCCAGAGUUUCUACUCUAGUGAACCUUUUUUAACUUCCGCUCUCUCUCGACAGUUUGGAUGAAUUUAUUUCUUGUUGUAAGUUUCCAGUUCGUGUUUGUGAAAAUCGUAGAAAUCAGAGAAAAGAGAAGCUGUUGUAACCUUUGUAAAUAUAUAGAUUAUUUAAUGCUAUUCAUUUUUUGCCUGCGAGUUGAAAUA